CUAUCUGCUCGCUCUGCCAGCGUUGGGGUGGCAUUGCGUUGUGGUGUGCGGGGCGAUCGACUUUCCUGCACAGGAGUCGGGGCAAUGGCUUGCAAUUUUGCAAGCCGCACGUUGUGCAACAAUUCGGGCGGGCUCUGUUCUGAAGUCCGUCACAAAUCCGGGUCAAAAUCAACGUACUUGAGCGCUGCGCCGGUGCAGGGAUGUAGUCAGCGGAGGGGAAUGGAAGCAGCACCGAAUUGGACCAGUGCGAUCAUCUGGACAGACUGUGGUGCGGUCGGAAGAAGGAAAAUUGGUUGUGGACUUCGACGGAAGAUUGCAUCCGAAUUCACGCAGGCAUUUUGUGGACGCCAUUCGAGAGUGAAUUUCUGGCGUUGGAGAACGCACAGUCCUUUUGUCGUGGCGUCUUCUGCUGGUAAUAGUUCUCUGGUGACCAGUUCUGUACAGGUUAGUUCGGCAAAAUCUGAUGCAUCGUCUGCAACAGUAAUUGUGGACAAUGAGUCUGAUGAGAAGUUCACUGUCAUCACCGUGGAGACGCCGAACAGGGUUGGCAUCUUACAGAUAGUAACUUCAACCUUUAAAGAGCUAGGCCUGAAAAUUCUAGACGCAAAUGUUGAUUUAGCUGAGGGCAUUCUCAAGGAGAAGUUUUUCGUGACAGGAACAGACGGGGAAAAAAUAUUGGACGUCGGAGAUGCUCGCAAUGUAGAGACUGUUCUGAAGGCUGCUCUAAAUGAGUCUGGGUUUGAACAGCCUUGGAAUCCAUCUAGCCGGCCAACUACUAUUUACAAGAAGCGCAGUGAAAGAGAUAUAGAUGCGGACCUUCAUAAUAAAUCCCUGCUUCUAUACAGGCUAAUGGACCAAUAUCUGCAGAAUGACGUUUUUAGUAUUCAGAAGAGCAUUAUGGAUCACGUGGAGUACACAAUUGCUCGGUCACGCUUCAAGUUCGAUGACUUUGAGGCAUACAUGGCUGCAGCUUACAGUGUCAGAGAUCGCCUGAUCGAGAGCUGGAAUGAUACGCAACAUUUUUUCAGGCAAUUGGAUACAAAGAGGGUGUACUACUUGUCCAUGGAAUUUUUAAUGGGUCGUUCGCUUCUGAAUAGUGUGUACAACCUUGGAAUAAAGGAUCAGUACUCGGAAGCUUUGAGACAACUUGGAUACAACUUGGAGGUGCUGGUGGAACAGGAACGUGAUGCUGCUCUUGGGAAUGGUGGUCUGGGACGUCUUGCUGCAUGCUUUCUGGAUUCUCUUGCCACCAUGAACUAUUCUGCUUGGGGGUAUGGUAUUCGAUAUCAAUAUGGAAUGUUCCGACAGACUUUGCAGGAUGGUUACCAGCACGAGCAGCCUGACUACUGGCUGAAUUUCGGUAAUCCUUGGGAGAUUGAGCGAGUACACGUCACUUAUCCCAUCAGAUUUUAUGGAAAAGUCGAAGAACACUGGAAUGGAAAGAAGAACUAUACAUGGUUACCAAAUGAACAGGUUGCAGCUGUAGCCUACGAUAAUCCCAUUCCCGGAUAUGGCACGAACAACACCAUCAAUCUUCGAUUAUGGGCUGCCAAGCCGAGCGGGGAGUUUGACCUGCAAUCAUUUAAUACGGGAGACUAUGUGAACGCCAUCCUUAGCAAGCAGCGCGCUGAAGCAAUAAGUAGUGUUCUCUAUCCUGAUGAUCGAACGUAUCAGGGGAAGGAACUGCGUCUGAAACAGCAGUACUUUUUCGUUUCAGCUUCACUGCAGGAUGUUAUUCGAAGAUUUAAAGACCACCAUGACAACUUUGAUCAAUUACCCGAGAAGGUGGCCCUUCAGCUCAACGAUGCACAUCCUUCUAUUGGCAUUCCAGAGCUCCUCAGAAUACUAAUUGACGAGGAAGGUUUAGAAUACUCCAAGGCAUGGGAAAUAUGCACCAAAGUAUUUUCAUUCACGAACCACACCGUUGUGCCUGAAUCGCUCGAAAAGUGGCCUAUUGAGUUGAUGGAAAGUUUACUACCUCGCCAUCUCCAGAUCAUUUACGACAUCAACUUUCACUUUCUUGAGGAGUUGAAGAGAAGGUUUGGUAAUGAUUAUGAACGACUGGCUCGUAUGUCUAUCAUUGAAGAUGGCGAGAAAAAGAUUGUACGCAUGGGAGCGUUGGCACUAGUAGCGUCUCAUACAAUCAAUGGUGUUGCUGAAAUUCACACCAGCCACGUCAAAAACAUGUUCAAAGACUUCUACGAGUUGUGGCCUCACAAGUUUCAGAACAAGACAAACGGUGUGACCCAGCGGCGUUGGCUUGCAUUCUGUAACCCUGGGCUUCGAGAAGUUCUUACCAAGUACCUGGGAACAGACGCAUGGAUUACCAGUCUGGAUCUUCUGGCUGGCCUUCGAAAGCAUGCUCGGAACCCUGAACUUCAUAAAGAGUGGAAUCAGGCACGCCGUCAAAAUAAAGCAAGGCUUGCAGAAUAUAUCGAGGGAAUUAGUGGUGUCAAGGUCAGCAUAGAUGCCAUGUUCGAUGUCCAAGUUAAGCGCAUUCAUGAGUACAAGCGACAAUUGCUCAAUGUCAUGAGCAUCAUUCAUCGCUACGAUUGCAUUAAGAACAUGUCUCCAGAGGAGCGGAAGAAAGUUGUACCACGAGUUUGUAUUUUGGGUGGGAAGGCAGCUCCCGGGUAUGAGGUUGCGAAAAAGAUAAUAAAACUUGUGACCAUUGUUGGAGAUAAGAUCAAUAACGACCCCGAUGUGGGAAAUCUUUUGAAAGUGAUAUUUGUGCCAGACUAUAACGUGUCUGUUGCUGAGCUUAUAAUUCCAGCAAGUGACUUAUCACAACACAUCAGUACUGCUGGAAACGAAGCAUCUGGAACGAGUAACAUGAAAUUCGCAAUGAACGGAUGUAUAAUAUUGGGUACUCAUGAUGGAGCCAAUGUCGAAAUCCAGAAAGAAAUAGGCAAAGAAAACAUUUUUCUCUUCGGAGUCACGGCAGAACAAGUUCCGAAGCUUAGAGCGGAGCGACGGGACUUCCAACCGCCUCGGUUGUUCACGCGCGUCAUUGGGAUGUUGAGGAAUGGCGUUUUCGGCCAUCAAGAGCACAUGCACGUCCUUUGUGAUACGCUUGAAGGUCAGGGAGGAGACUUUUAUCUUCUCGGGAACGACUUCCAGGAGUAUCUAGCAGCACAAGCUGCCGUGGACGCAGCAUUUGUUGAUCGCGCUUGGUGGACUCAAAUGAGCAUCAUGAGUACAGCUGGUUCAGGAAAGUUUAGUAGUGAUAGAACAAUUAAGGAGUAUGCAGAGCAAAUAUGGGGUAUUGAACCAUUUAGGCGUCCUAUCUAGGUGUGGUAUAUGCUGCUGGGUAAAAUUUCACAUAACAAUUGGACAGUAAAAUGCACAUACAUAAAGAGUCCACUCUCAUGAAGUGCAUAUAACUGCAGCCUCUUAUCCUGGCAACAAUCUUGUUUAUAAGCGAUUAGUGAGAAAGUGUGCAUAGUUGAAAGAUGUUAUCCUUAGGAGACGUCGUAUCAUUCUGCAAAGCAGCCAUGAUCCGAUCUGGAGAGUUCUGAAGCCCCAGUUUCUUGGAAGCUCAACUUAAAGCCAAUCGCUUCAAGGGAAGCUUCCUUUGUCCAGCUCUUGAGCUGAAGCCAACCACAGUGUCCAUUGUUUUCCUCUAUUCUUUGGUGGCUCCAAAUUGCAACGUUUAGUGGAAUUCCUCAUCUAGUUCCAAUUGGAGAUGUAAAUUAUUUCACCACUGAGCAUAUAAUGGCUCAGCGGUGGUCUCGGCGAUUUCUAUAAUUGUGUUCAAAGGAUCUAUUUGUCGUCUGUACGGAAAGACUAAAUAAACUGAUCGAAGUGCUGUUUUGAAGAACUUGAAGUAUUGACAUGCUUUCACUCUUUACUGACUAUCAGUGUUCAUCG